AUGGGUCUGCGCUCCAUUGUCGUCGACACUGGCGCCGAACGAGCGACUCUUGCAAGAACGUACGGUGCAGAACACUUUGUCGACUUUCGGCAAACAUUUGAUACCUGCGCUGAAGUUGUGCGGUUGACUGAGGGUGGUGCUCAUGCUGUGUUCGUCACAGCUGUUCAGGCAUGCCCGGUUGGACUAGGAUAUUUCGGGACUAGGAUUGGUGCUAAGUUGAUCAUUGGCAUCCCACCGCAGGGCAAAUAUCACCCGGAUGUUGAUCCUAGCCACAUGACUGCGUUCAAUCAACACGUUGUCGGAACUUUGGUCUCUAGCCUUGAAGACAUCAAUGAAACACUCGAGUUUGCCAGGAGGGGUCUCCUUGCCCUUCAGCCUACUGUUGUUGGUCUCAGUAAGUUCAACGAGAGUGUGCAGAAGCUCAAACGUGGCCAAGUAGCUGGCCGUAUUAUCGGCGAGGGUUAA